AUGGCCAAGAAGCACGAGAAGGGCCUUUGCACGGCUUGCCGUGCACUGACGGCGGGCAGGCGCUGCCACCCCGACCACAACUGUCUGCAGUGCCACCACUCCUCGCACCUCACCCCCGAGAUCCGGGAGCAGAUGCGGAAGGAGGCGGAGGCGAUUCGGCGGCAAGUGGCGGAGCAGCACGCAGCAGGGAAGUGCGAGCCGUGCGUGUCGCACUUUGCUGCUGCAGCAGGCUGCGGGGCCGCGGAGUUUUGCUGCUGCUGCCACGACCCGCAGCACGCGCAGCAAGGCUCGCCGCAGCACUUCCUCGCGCUGCUGCACCAGCAGCAGCGCUGCCUCCCCUGCGCCCCCACGCACAGCGGCGAGCAGGGCUGCCCGGGCCCCAGCUGCAGCUACUGCCACCACCCCAGCCACGGGGACAAAGGAGACAAAGAGAGGCACUUUUCCGUGGUUCUUCACAAGCGCAAA